GUAAAACAAAACAUAAACAAAUCGUCUUCAUUUUUAACCUGAUGACAGUUGACAGUUAUGCGUCUAUUGUAAAUCUGGAAUACACACACAAAAAUAAAGGUUAUUGAGAAAGAAGUGUUGAAAUCUAGGGGACACUGCCAAGAAAAUUCGACAUCAUGUUAUGAUUAAAACAAAAAUUAAGUCACCUGACUGCAGAUCGCGUGACCAGUCAUAAAUCUGAAUAACCUGAUAACAACGAAAACGGCAAAGACAAAAUCGACCCAGAAUUCCAGCUGACACAGAUAACCAUGGCCAAACUAGCAGAAUUCAAGAUGGAAGGGGAUGAAUUAGAAGUUACUGAGGAUAUGCUGCAGGCAUUUGAGGAGGAGGGAUACAUACUUGUCCGGGGACUGCUAAAUGGUAAGGAGCUGACCAAGGUCAAACAAGUCCUAGAAGACUCGGACCUUGUACCAACACAUGGAUAUGGGAUUCCUGAUUCUUCUGGACGAAUGCCUAAAAUGGUGCUAUGGAGAGCAGCAGGAAGUGAUGUCACUGGGAUGAUUUGUCGCUGUGAGAAAGUUGUUACCACUUCGGAAAAGCUACUUGGAGGGGAAGUAUACCAUUACAGCUCCAAACUGGUGAUGAAGGAGCCACUUAUAGGUGGGAGACAGGAAUGGCAUCAGGACUAUGGAUACUGGUACCAAAAUGGCCUGUUGACACCUGAUGCCCUCAGUGUGUUUAUGGCAGUUGACAAGUGCACUAAAGCUAAUGGAUGUCUGCAAAUUUUGCCAGGUUCUCACAAGUGUGGUCGUAUAGAACACAAGAUGGUAUCAGGACAGACAGGGGCUGACUUAGAAAGAGUGGCAGAGAUCCGUAAAAAGCUACCCCUCACCUAUGUAGAAAUGAAUGCAGGAGAUGCCCUGUUUUUUCACUCCAAUGUCUUGCAUAUGAGUGACCCAAAUGACAGUAGUGACCGCCGUUGGGCCCUCAUAAUGGCCUACAACCGUGCUAGUAAUAACCCUGUGGAGAGGCUGGCUGCACCCUUCCCAAGAUACACACCUCUAGCAAAGGUCCCUAACUCUGCCAUAUUAAGCUGUACCAAUGUGAAUGACUUCACAGGAAAAGACUUCUUGAACCCUUUGGAAGACAAAACUGUUAAAGCCGAAACGAGCAAACCAGGCAACCUCCAGAAGGCAUAGCUUGAUAUCCAGUGUGAUUUGAUAAAGAUAAAGUGUAUGUCAUUGAUAUUUUAUCUGGGAAAUAUGAAUCAAAAUGAAACAACGGACUACAUAUAUGUGUAUAUAAUGUAUGUACCUGUUCAGUAAGGUGUUCAUCUAGGAUGUUUUCUUACUUAUUUUACCACAUAAUUUACAAUGUUAUCAUGUCCUACUUUAUACUAAGGUAAUUCCUCGUGACAGUUUCUCACCCUGAAGAUUGCUCGCAGCAUACUUCAUUGUUUUUAAUUUUCAUUCACAAACUUUUCUCUGCAAUUUAUUUUUGGAAGGAAGUGUGGCAAGAUAUUGAGAGGAUAUUAUAUUACCCAAUAACUACAUAUAGUUUUCCUGUUUACAUGUUUAUUCAUCUUAUAAGGUUAAAUUUCAAAAGGUUAGAACUCAUAAUGAUAUGAAAUGUUGUAAUACUAUCCACAGGUUUGUGAUAACAUGCCACUGAAUAACUUAGAAAACAUAUGAGGUGAUCUUUCCCUUUAAUUUUAGGAAAAUCAUUCUGAUAUCCACGGCUAGGUAUCUAUGAUGUUGAUAGAAAAGAGCUAUAGAGUUUAAAAUAUUUCUAGUCAUUUACAAUUGAUAAUAAUUACAUGUACAUCUAUGAAAUUCUUGGUAGUCUUACAUGCCCACACUUGUCAGGAUCAUGUUUAAUACAUUUUAUUUUUUUGUAUAUAUUUCAAAAUGGAGAUGUCUAAUCAUUUAAUUGUCAUCUUAUUGAACUUAUCAGUACUGAUAUGUACAUAAAGCUUUACAAAUAUUGUUUGUAUCAGGAUAACUAAGAUAUAUGUUUUAAUUUUUUUGAGAAUAAGUCAGACAUUGCCCCAGCCAGAAAGAACAAUACUGUGAUAAUGUUGUGAUGUAAGACACAUACAGACAUGUAGGUUAGAAAAUCAAUCUCACCGAACAAGACAAGCAGUUCACAAAUUAGUGUAGAAAUAGGUACUGAGAAUGAAAACUGCUCUGUCAACCUUUAACACGGAUAAGUCACCAGCUUACCAUAGAUUUCUUACACAUGUGGAUUGAUUCAGCUUUAAUGUAAUCACAAUCAAGGAAACAGUGUUGCAGAGUUACCUCCCCUCUAUAUCAUUGCAUUUGUCUAUGAUGAAUCUUACUGUAACUCUCUGUGUUCUGUACGCUUGUCAUCAGAGAUCACUGUAUAUUUAUAAUAAUAUGUAUUGUAUUAAUAUAUGAGCUCUAAGGCCAUAGAAUGAACUUGAAUUGAAUCAAUGCUGUUCUUAUUUUGGUGCCACUGUGAUAUUGCUGUGUAAUUAUUGCUGAUGACUAGUAACUCUACAGUAGAACAUUGCACAAGGCAGUCUGUGGUUGUUUUUAUUAACUCUCUCAUUACUUUAUUUUGAAAUGAAGUAAGAAAAUGCUUUUAUUUCUAAUAAGUAUCGUUUUAUUUUAUUAUUAUUGUUGUAUACCUGUAGGCAUCAAGACUAUCUAUAUGACAAAGAAAAUGCUUUUGUUUCUAAUAAGUAUUGUUUUAUUUUGUUAUUUUUUUUGUAUACCUGUAGCAUCAAGACCUGUAGGACAAAGAAAACGCUUUAAUUUCUAAUAAGUAUUAUUUCAUUUUGUUAUUUUUUUUGUAUACCUGUAGGCAUCAAGACUAUCUAUAGGACAAAGAAAAUGCUUUAAUUUCUAAUAAGUAUUAUUUUAUUUUGUUAUUUUUUUUGUAUACCUGUAUGCAUGAAGACUAUAGGACAAAGAAAAUGCUUUUAUUUCUAGUAAGUAUUAUUUUAUUUAAUUAUUUUUUGUUUGUUAUUUUAUUUUGUUAUUUUUCUUUGUGUACCUGUAGGCAUCAAGACUAUCUAUAGGACAAAGAAAAUUCUUUUAUUUCUAAUAAGUAUUAUUUUAUUUCUAUUUUUUUCGUAUACCUGUAGGCAUCAAGCCUAUCUAUAGGACAAAGAAAAUGCUUUAAUUUCUAAUAAGUAUUAUUUCAUUUUAUUGUUUUUUAAUUGUCUUUCGUCCAUUGUCGUCCGUUCUUAAACAGUUUGCAACUUCUUUCAAGAGGUCCAGAGACCUGAUAUAGUGUCUGUAGCAUGCUGGGAUAAAGGACCACCAAGAUGUUAAAAUGAAUUACCUUGACCUUCAUUCAAGGUCACAGGGGUUAAAUAUGCUAUAAUCUUUUAAAUGAAACAAGAGGCCCAGAUACCUGAUAUUCGGCCUUUAGAAUAAAGGGAUGAAGAGCUAUCAAUGUUGUUGUAAUGAAUGACUUUGCUGUCCAUUCAAGGUCGUAGGGGUCAAAUAUGCUAAAAUCUUUAAACAAAUUUCUCUCACUAAUGAAGAGGCCCACAUACCUGAUAAUUGGCCUUCAGCACCCUUGGGUUGAAGGGUUAUAAAGUUUGUUUAAAGGAAUGACUUUGAGCUUCAUUAAGGCCACCAGACUCAAAUGUGCUAAGAUCUUUUAAAUCUGUCUUCUUCUCGGGAACCAACACACUAAGAAACCUGAUAUUUAGCCUGGAACAUACUGGGGUGAACGACAUUGACCUCAAAUUCAAGGUGAUGGGAAUCAAAUUUGACAAAAUAAAUUAAAACUCAGGUGACUGUUGGGACCCAUGGGCCUUUUGUUAUAAUUUACAAACGUUUCCUUUUUUUGGUCAAUUCACAUACAGGAUUUGUUUCCUUUUUUUCAAAUUUUACUGUUUAAUUUCUACUUUUGUUCAAAAUGUUGAUGUAAAUUAUUUCCUGUUUUAUUUCAUCUGUGAAUACUUACCGACUUUAUGAGGAAAUAGAACAAAAAAAGAAAAAAGAUUCUGUCAUCUUUGUUCCAUUUUAAUGAAGCAUUUAUUUGAAAGACAUUCACUUAUACUUGUUUUAAGUACAAUCUUUUGAACUCAGUACACAAUUUUCAGAAACAAUGCAUAUUUGUAUAGAUCUCCAAUCUUUUGUGAUGGAUUUGACAUGUUCAUUGUUGUAAGUUUAAAGAUCAAGUAUAAAGAUGUAUGAAAACAUUUGAAUUGUUCUCAUAGCAGUUAAUCCUCAUGAUCAUAUAACACAUGUGAAUAUUCUGCAUGAAAUAGAAAAAGAGCUUAGUACAAUAUAUCACAUGAAAUAGAAAAAGAGCUUAGUACAAUAUAUCACAUGAAAUAGAAAAAGAGCUUAGUGCAAUAUAUCACAUGGAAUGGGAAAACAGCUGUAAGUUAUAUCACAUGAAAUGAGAAAACAGCUAAGUCCAUUAUAUCAUAUAAAAUGGGAAAACAGCUCAGUUAUAUCACAUGAAAUGGGAAAACAGCUAAAUACAUUAUAUCACAUGAAAUGGGAAAACAGCUACUGUAAGUGCAUUAUAUCAUAUGCAAUGGGAAAACAGUUAAGUACAAAUGGAUGGGUCACAGGUAAGCACAUUAUAUCACAUGAAAUGGGAAAACAGCUAAGUACAUUAUAUCAUAUAAAAUGGGAAAACACAAAUAAGUACAAUAUAUCAAAUGAAAUGGGAACACAUCUAAGUACAAUAUAUAUCUUAUAGAUAUCACAUAGAAUUGGAAAAAGAUAAGUACAUUAUAUCAUACGAAAUGGGAAACAGCUAAGUACAAUAUAUCACAUGAAAUUAGUUCGUAAUGCUUGCUUUUUUGUUACCAUAUUUUUGAAAUAUUCAGUUAACUACAUUGUAUAUAGCUUACAGCCAAAUUUAACGCAAACAAAGUGCAAUAAAUUAUACAUGAUAUG